CAUUUCGCAACGAAACUUUGGAAUAUUACUGAUUUUGUGAUGCUCUUUCAAGCUGUGAUGAAAUUUUUGUCUAGAUCAAAAUUUAGUCUAUUACGCAAGUGGUCAAUUAAUAUUCCGUUCACGUCUUCGCGUCAGCCUGUCACAUCUACGCAUGCUCAAUCACAAUUUCCAGUCGCAAUUUCCGAUGGUGUAAGCUGUUGUACAAAUUAAUUAGCUACUAAGGCCUAGAAUAAUUUCAGUAUCAAACAAUAUAUAUUAUUAUUAUUAUAACCUAUUUUCGAAGACUCUGGCGCAUAUCAUCUUUUCCUCUAGCUUUGAAUUUAGAAGUUGCAUCGAAAAUCAACGAAGAACUUCGAACUGCUUUGGAUCCAAAGGAACUGGAGUCGUUUGCUCGACAGAUUGCUUGUGGGAUGGUAAGUUUUUAAUGUUUCUUCAUGUGUAAAAUCCAUUUAAGCUGCCAUACAAUUUGUUUUAAACGUUCCCAUAUUUACAUUCAUCGUCGAGACUAUUCAGGUUGCAAUAUGAUCGAUACUAUUGUCACAGCUAAAAUGCAUUUUAAAUCAUGGUUUCCGUUUUAAAUGCUCAUGAUUAAAAUUACAUGUGUAUUAUAUUUGAUUUGGAAAUUUAUUUUAAUAUUGGAUUAAUUUUUAUUACGUAUAUAAUAUCAUAAAUUUAUUUGCAUGGCUAUACAUGUCAAACUUAUCAAACUUUCUUAUUUCAAAACACGAAGCUUGAAUAUGAAAGAAAGAUAAGGAACGAUGUUUUAAAUUAAUUUUCUACAGUAAUUUGCAAACAUUCAUUUUUGUAUAACAUUUUUGAAUGUCGUCAACGUGUUUGUUUCUAAACAUGUCUUGUGAAAUUCGCUCUAAAAAUGUAUGCAUGAGGAUGACUCCGAAAUGAAAAUAAUUUUUAGAGACCUUUUCAUGUAGAUAUUGCCCACAAUUAUAGGAUAAUUUUAACGAAAUGUCUAUUUUAAAUGAAGGAACACAUUGCUAGUGUUGGUAUCGUUCAUCGUGAUUUGGCAGCAAGAAAUAUACUACUUGACGAAAACAAAGUAUUAAAAAUAUCUGAUUUUGGCUUGUCACGUGAAGGAACGUACAUUAAGCGAACUCGCGGAAAGAUUCCAUUCCGCUGGUUAUCAAUUGAAGCUAUGGUAGAAAGAUUUUACUCAUCCGCCAGUGACGUGUAAGUAUUGCUAAUGUGUUCAGGUGUUAGGAAUUAAUGACACAUGCAGUAUAGCUUCGGCUGAUUACAGUGUAUGUGUACAGUAAAUAUAAUACUCUGUCCUUGUUUGAAUCAUAUGACAAUUAUUCUGUCUUCUGUUAUUGGUAGAUGGGCGUUUGGAAUUGUACUAAUGGAAAUUUGUACAUUAGGUAUGUAAAUUAUCAUAAACUUUCUCAACUGCUUCAAGUAUAGUUUUUUCUAUCCACAAACACAUUCUUUAUCUGUUCGUUCUUAAGCCCAGAUCAAACGAGGGUAAUAGCGCAUGAGAGUUGGCAGUCAUGCGACCCAUGAAUAGCUGCAUUUGAUGCUUUCCCAUGGCAACACUACAAUGUAUUAAGUUAAAACGCUCAUCAAAAGCUUAUGUUCAUCUAGAGCGUGAAAUUAUUCCCCGUAACAAUGCGUGACUGCCAACUCCUAUCAACGCUCAUUCUUGUUUGACGGGGGCCGUUUAAUCCCCGAGCACGCGCCAAGCACCUAGCGCAAGGGUAGCAAUUGCAAUGCACUUGACUUAAUGCACCCAUCAGUUGACCGCGGUAUGAGGUUACAGAGUUGUAAAACCUCAUCAAAUUCCCUAUAGGAAAAAUUUAAAGUUUUCAAACCUUCCGCAAAAUAAAUUGAAUAAAUACUAAGAUAUAUAUGGCUUCCUCAAAUAGCAAUAUACUAGAGUAUAUAAACUUAACUGAUUGUGAAAGCAUAACAUUCAAAAGAGAUGUGUCGUUAAAUGCAGUACAUGAUUCUAAUAUAUAAUUUGCCGUAAUGGAUUUUUACUUUGGACAAAUUGGACAGUCCUUAUCUACUUCGUGUACAUCCUAUAUAUGAUAUGUUGAAUACAAAAGAAUAUAAAAAUAUAAAGUCAUGAACUCAAAAUAAUCUUUAAAAUGUGAUGGUUUAUGAAUCUGUUGUAAAAAGCACAGCGGUACACACGUAAAAAUGGAGAAAAUCAGCAACUUGUUCCCAGUUGAUAUUGACAGGCAUGAACAAGUUGUCAACAAAACUUGCAACAACAUUGUUGACAACUUGUUCAUAGUAGGCAACACAACCUUCCUGUCGAUAUAUCAACCGAACUUGAUUUUACGCCUGUACACAUAUUAUAUAGAGGUCAGCAGUAAAACCAUGGCAGCAACAUUCCAGGAGUGGUAUUUGACGUUUCUGUGCUUGUGGUUUUGAAAGACAUUUGAGAAUAUUUAGGUCUUUAGAAGUGUGACCCAAUCGCCCAAUUUCACAAUCAAUGAGGCAACGACUGCUCUCACUUGUUUCCAAAACAAAGUGCUAAAUUUAAACCAAGCAGUAUAGUUCCGGGCGUAAGCCCCGGGCGAGGGUACUAAUUCCACCCGGCUAUUUACACCCGAAAGGAUUAUGGAAACGAAAGCAUUAGCGAAGUCUAAAGUUCAUCAGUGAUCGCGGGCCUGGGUCACCAACAAAGUUUCGGUGGGUGGUCAUCCUCUCUGAUCUCAAACAUAUGGCGGACUGUCAUGAAUAGCGGACACUGAUUGGUCAAAUUUAAAGUUUGCAUUAUAACGACUGCAUGACGACAGCGAAAUAGCAAAUAUUUCUUGAUUUGAUGAUUGAUGAAUGAUGAUUUGUUGCAAAUAUAUUUCAUUUUUGCAAGAUUUUGUGAAUUGCAAAAGCUUUUUAAUUAAAAAAUAAAGGCGAAAGAAUUACUAAAAGAAGCGAGUAAAGGCACCGACGUUAACGAAGGUAAGUUUGUUUUAAAUAUUGAUGUAUUGUUUGUUCGCUUUAUAACGGCUUUGAAGCUGAUCGUUGCGUAUAUCUUAAAUGAAAAAGGCAGCACAUAAUUUCAGUGUUUCUUCAUUGAUUAACUUUUUCUAUUAUGUUAAAAAAGAAGGCAAAGUUGUUUGAAUGCGAGAAUUUGAAAUCAUUUUAUUUCAAACUCAAAGUUUGUCGAUAACGCCUUUAAAGGCAUGCAGUUUAGUUUUAUAAAGAACAUUUUAAAACGUCUUGCGAAGCGUUUGAGGUUGAAUUUUACCUUAAAUUGAAACUUAUAUAAACAUACUUAGCCUAUCAUAUAUAUAUAUAUAUAUAUAUGUUUGGGGAAUUGAAUUUUUCAUUUGUAAAAAUAUUCUAAACAAAAUUAUCUUCUUACCAUGACAACUACUUUAAAUACAUGAUGAUCGGAAAAUACAAUGGUUUUGUCAAGAAGGCGAGGGGUUUCUGCAUGCAUGUAUUUUCUAGUAAUAAUAAGUAUAGAAUAUAGAAUAUAGAUAUAAGAAUAUAGGCAAGAAAUUAUAACUUUAACAUGUACAUGGAGUUAAAGUAUUAAUUCUACGACAUUUAACACAAAUAAGUUUAUACGUUCGAAUGUUAUCCUGAUCAAAGACCAUUCUUAAUCGUUUAAAGUAAAAGUUCCGAAGUUUCUGUUUUAAAGUUAUAAGAGUCAUAGAAGAUUAAUAUCGUCUGGUAUGGCAUUCCACAUGCUUACAAUCCUGACAAAGAAAGUGUCCCUGAAUGUUGAUGUUCUCGGUAUUAAAUUGUUUCUCACGUAUAACCCAGAAUGCGCUCUUCUGGUGCGACCCGUACAAAAAGACAAAUAAUUGUCUAGAUUGACAUUAAUUAACUAAAUUAGCCUUACAUUUAUAGAAUAAAACAAGAUCUAAAUAUUCCAGCCAAUAGUUAAUUGGCAAUAUGUUCAAAGAGACAAGACGAUCCUUAUAACUAAUAUUGGGUUGAACAGGUUCUAUCUGCGUUAUGUUGCGGAUGACAUGCAAACCGGGGUGCCCACAUCUAACUAUAGUAUUGUAAAUGCGACCUCACAAGACCAAUAUAUAGCGAUUUUCUAGCUUUUGUAGACAAAUCUUUAGUACAGUACAGUUACGCCUAAGGAACCCGAGCAUCUUAUUAGAUUUGGCCGAUAUUGAAUCAAUAUGCAUGUUCCAAGAGAGGUCGCUCGUAAUACUGACCCCAAUAUCUUUUUGAUUAGAUAUUAUCUCAAUUUCUUCACUGGGGCUGAUAUAAUACUUUCGAUCAAAGCUCAAUCGUUUCCGAGUAUUAGCCUAAGCAUUUUUGACUGAAAAUACAGAUCAUUUGCAACAGACCAUUGACUUAGGGCAUUCAAAUCCUCCUGCAAUGCAAUUACAUCCAACGAAGACUUAACAGUUCUGUAGCACUUGGAAUCAUCUGCAAACAUAACAACCUUGGAAUUUUGCACAAUAUCAGGCAUAUCAUUGACAUAUAGAAGGAACUGCACAGGGCCCAAUAUUGAACCCCGGGGUACACCAGACCUAAUGAUUCUAAUGUGAAAGUGUUUCAAGAAAAAUCAGUUGUCCAUGAUUCAUUUCAUUUAUAAUGAUUUAUUAUUCUCUAAAAUUAUUGGAAACAUGUAAUCAAAUAAUCUCUGAAUAAUAUAAUAAUGUUCAAUAAAGGAAUACCGAACGGUUUUCCGUGCAGGAUUGCGUGAUCCAUGCACGAGGGAUGUCGCGAGACUUUCAGCAAGCAUAAAAAUACUUGAGCCACAGGCGAGUGUAUUUUUACGCUUCCCAAAAGUUGAGCAACAUCCCAAGUGCAUGGAUCACGCUAUCCUGCUUGGAGAACCAUUUGGUAAUUGUUUUAUAAAAUAACUACAGUGAAACAAUGACAUUUUGAGAAUCCCGCGAAAAUCCCGCGAAUGUAUUUUAAUUCCUUGUGCAGGAUAGCCUGAUCCUGCAUGGCUAUUGACCGAUCAAAUUGCGUGUUUCACUGUAGUUAUAAUGUACUGUGAUUUUCUUUUUGUAACCAUGAUGAAUAGCUCUUAGUAAUAGCCUCCUGGUAUUGACGGUGCAAUGGUUUGAGGCACCUCUGAUGCUUGACACUUAUACAUUUUAAUUUUACAGAAUAUUUUCAGUUAUUGUCUUCUUAUUGUUGUAUCUUCAUGUAGGAGAUGUGCCCUAUCCAACAAUUUCUGAUAAAGAUCUCGAAGAUUUCUUACUCAAUGGAAAAAGAAUGGGAAAAGUAGAAAGUUGCACAAAUGAUAUGUAAGAGUAAAUUUAUUGUUUUUAUCCUACUAGUUCUUCGGUUUCAUUAUCCUUAAAUUAUGG